AUGUCUUUGACGGACAAAAGACUUGAAAAUUUGCAGAUCUACAAAGUUCUCCAAUGUGUUCGCCAGAAAGACAAGAGGCAGAUCGAGAAGCUGACCAAACUUGGAUUCCCAGAACUCAUUAAUUUCACAGAGCCUGUCGAUGGAGAUAGUGCCCUUCAUUUGGCGUGCAUCGCAAAUGACAUAGACAUGUGCAACUUUCUGCUGGAGCAAGGAGCUCAUCCAGAUGUUCAAGACCGAAUGGGACGCACUCCUGCAAUGAAAGCCGCCGAGCUAGGACAUGACUUAGCCUUGGAUAAACUAGCGAAGGCCGAGGCAGACAUGACCAUGGUUGAUAAUGAAGGAAAAGGCAUUUUGUUUUACUGUAUUUUACCUACGAAACGGCACUGCCGCUGCGUUCAGAUUGCUUUAGAAAAUGGCGCAGAUGUUAACAACUGUACUAUUGAUGGGAAGCCAGUAUUCCUACAAGCCUGUGAACAAGCACACGAGAUUAAGGAAAUAUGUCUGAAAUUUUUGGAAAGAGGAGCAGACCCCAAUGCGAUAAACCUAGCUACUGGUCGCACUGCCUUAAUGGAAGUGGCAAGGGAAGGCGUAAUAGAGAUGGUGCGUGGCAUACUUGAAAGAGGAGGAGAUGUUAACAUCUUUGACAACGAAAGACACAAUGCUGCACAUUUUGCUGCCAAAGGAGGCUUUUUUGAGAUCCUAAGAAUUAUUUCAGCUUAUAAUGGAGAUGUGGGGCUCAUUGCUAUGAAUGGGAACACGCCACUUCAUUACGCUGCUGCUGGGGGUUUUGCGGAUUGCUGCAAAUUUAUAGGGCAAAGAGGCUGUGAUCCUAAAUGGAAGAACCUACUAACAAAGACCCCAAGAAUGACUGCCAAAGAAGGUGGUUUUAAAGCAGCAUCAAAGGAACUGCGCAAAAUUGAACGACUCCAUGCUAAAAUCUCCAAACCUGGACCGAAGGAAGACAAUCCACGCUGGGCGAUGAAGUUGCACGAUUGGUCCUUAGAACACCAGACAGCCCUUCGUGAGGCAUUUGAGGUGGUGGAUAGAGGUGAUGGAACAAUAAGCAAAGAUGAUUUUGCAUCAAUUAUUCAGGAGAAGUGUGAUUUUGUGGAUGCUGAACUAAUACAAACCGUUGCUCAGGCACAUGAUAAGUCUCGUGCUGGGGGGGUUAACAUUGAAGAGUUCUUUAAAGGUUCCAAAUACUUGCAAAAAGCCUAUCUUAUUUCGUCUUUUGGACCCAAAAAGAAGAAAGGGAAGAAAGGAAAAGCCAAGAAAGGCAAGUUCUCCAUCCCCGUGCCCAUCUGCGUCAUUCCAGAGAGCUUGUACCCACGCCGAAUAGACGGCGGGCCCCCUUUGUACAUGAUUGAGACCUAUCAGAAUGUGACCGAUGGUAACCGCUUUAAUCGGGAUCACCCCCCUGAACAUCCUUUGCAGGAUGACUCUGUGUGGUACAUUGAUGAGCCGGAGAAGACUUACUCCAAGAUUAACUAUCUUACUAAAGCAGGAGACAUUGUGUCACUGAAAAAAGCAUUUGACGAGGGGGUACCAGUGGACAUUAGAGAUGUAUAUUAUAAAACUCCUUUGAUGGCUGCAUGUGGAAGUGGAAACAUGGAUGCUGUGAAAUAUCUUCUAGAGAAGGGGGCUGAUGUAAAUGCAACUGACAAUUUCAAGUGGACUCCUCUGCACCAUGCCUGCCAUGCAGGUCAACAGGACAUUGCUGAACUGCUUGUGAAGUCUGGAGCAGCGAUAGAUGCAGUUACAAUCAACAGUGCCACCCCACUGAUGAGAGCUAUUGAGAGCUGUAGACUGGACUCGGUGCAAUAUUUAAUUGAUUCCGGUGCGAAAGUCCAGAUGGAAAACAGAAAAGGCCAAAAUACUUUGGACAUUGCAAAGGCGUACGCGGACUUUAGACUAAUUGACCUGCUUCAAGAAAAACUGGACCGUUUGCCAAAACCACCAGAAACCAAAGCAGAUAAAGGGAAGAAAGGGAAGAAAGCUGGCAAGCCUAAACCAGCUGCUAAGCCCACGCGGGGGGAGGCUGCAGCUGCAAACGAGGAGCCACCUCCACCAAUCGUAGAAAAAUCUAUUUUUGAAGAAAAGAAAGAAUCCCUUAAGGACAAUGUUAUUCAUCUGAAUUCUUUAAUAACCAGUGGAGCUACUAAGAAAGUUGAUAUCACAUUCACACCCAGAAAAACUUGGAGCCCGGAAGCAACAACAGCCAGUCUAAUAAGAAAGCGGGAAUUGCAUCGUGAGCGCUUUACUUAUGAGGUGGACUUUGAAGACUUCAUGAUGCCAUUUAAGAAGAAUUUCAUGGGAAAAGCCUGUGCGUUAGAAAUGGCGUCUUAA